AUGUUCCCCUCCCAGCAGACCUUGAAGAAGAACUUUUUCGUCCCCUCGGCCGGUGCUGAUGCCGCUGCCCCUACUGGCGCUAACUUGUACGCUCGUUUCGCCUUCGCCGGUGCUGUCUGCUGUGCUAUCACCCACGGUGCCAUGACCCCCGUCGAUGUCGUCAAGACCAGAAUCCAGUUGGAGCCUGAGGUCUACAACCGUGGUAUGAUCGCUGGUUUCCGUCAGGUCGUCAAGGCCGAAGGUGCUGGUGCCCUUCUCACUGGUUUCGGCCCCACUGCUGCUGGUUACUUCUUGCAGGGUGCCUUCAAGUUCGGUGGUUACGAAUUCUGGAAGAAGACCUUCAUCGAUGUCAUCGGUGUCGACAAGGCCCGUGAGAACCGUACUGCCAUCUACCUCGGUUCGUCCGCCAUCGCCGAAUUCUUCGCUGACGUUGCCCUCUGCCCCUUGGAGGCUACCCGUAUCCGUCUUGUCUCGCAGCCUGGCUUUGCCUCUGGUCUUGGCAGCGGUUUCGCCCGUAUUUUGAAGGAAGAAGGUGUCGCUCGCGGUUUCUACUCUGGCUUCGGUCCUAUCUUGUUCAAGCAGGUCCCUUACACCAUGGCCAAGUUCGUUGUCUUCGAAACCGCCGCUGAGAAGAUCUACGCUUCGCUCUCCACCCCCAAGGACCAAUUGGCUCCUAGCACCGUCACCACUGUCAACCUUGGUGCUGGUAUCAUUGCUGGUACCGCUGCUGCCAUCAUCUCGCAGCCCGCCGAUACCUUGUUGUCCAAGAUCAACAAGGCUCCUGGUGGUGAGGGUCAGUCCGUUGCCUCGCGUCUUGUCCAGAUGGCUGGUCAGCUUGGUGUUAAGGGUCUCUUCCUUGGCUUGGGUCCCCGUAUUGUCAUGGUUGCUACCCUUACUGCUGGUCAGUUCGCCAUCUACGGUGACAUCAAGCGCGCCUUGGGUGCCACUGGCGGUGUCGAAAUCGCCAAAUAA